GCGGCAGCGGGGGGAGAGAGCAGUAGCAGCAGAGAGCAGCAGUGCCUGGCAGUGGGGAUACAACCAGCUCAGGCCCGGCGGGACUCACACACCAGAGCGGACGCUCUACCGAGACGCAACACCCGGUGACACAGGGGGAGGACAUGCCCCGGGGGCCGGACUAGAGCUCAUGAUCUGCUAGACGGGCUCCCAUAGCUGACACCCACCGGGGCGACAUGGCCUCCAACACGGACCGAGAGAUGAUCCUGGCCGACUUCCAGGCAUGUACCGGCAUUGAGAAUAUCGAUGAAGCGAUCACACUGCUUGAACAGAACAACUGGGAUUUAUUAGCAGCAAUAAAUGGGGUAAUACCACAGGAAAAUGGCAUUUUACAAAGUGAAUUCAGUGGAGAAACGAUACAGAACCCUAUAUUUGGUCCUCCCACCCAGCUGAACACCUCUGUAUCUAUUGCUUCCCCCUCCUCAUCCUCUACAUCAGCCUUCCGCCCCGUAGUUUCCAGCCGGCAGGUUGUAGAACGACUUUCACGCAUGCUGGACUUCAAAGUGGAGUAUAGAGACAAGACCGCGGAUGUAGUUCUUGAAGAUAGCUGCACUGCCGGGGAUAUAAAGCAGAUCUUAGAAACUGAGCUUCAGGUUCCCGCAUCCAAAAUGCAGUUAAAGGGCUGGAAAUCUGGAGAUGUGGAGGACAGUACUGUCCUAAGGAGUCUUCACUUGCCAAAAAACAAUAGCCUUUAUGUCCUCACCCCAGAGAUACCAAUCCCAUCUAUGUCCAGCCAAUCGGGCUCUCAACAGGAGUCAUUAAACCAGAACUACAUGCUGAUCAUCACCCACCGGGAGGUCCAGAAGGAAUACAACCUGCAAUUCUCUGGGAGCUGCACAAUACAGGAGGUAAAAAGAAAUGUUUAUGACCUCACCAGCAUCCCUGUUCGCCAUCAGUUGUGGGAAGGCUGGCCUGCAUCUGCCCAGAACGACACUAUGACGCUAGCAUCUUCAGGACUGAACUUUCCAUGUCACCGGCUAACAGUGGCCAGAAGAACAUCCCCUGUUCAAACCAGGGAACAGUCAGAAGAGUGUACAGAUAUUCACAUGAUCAGUGACAGUGACGGAGAUGACUUUGAAGACGCAACAGAAUUUGGUGUGGAUGAUGGAGAGAUCUUUGGGAUGGCCUCCUCUUCAGCUCUCCGAAAGUCUCCCAUGAUGCCUGAAAACGCGGAUAAUGAGGCUGACGCUUUGCUACAGUUUACUGCAGAAUUCUCCUCCAGGUAUGGUGAGUGCCAUCCUGUGUUCUUCAUUGGAUCACUGGAGGCUUCGUUCCAGGAGGCAUUUUAUGGGAAAGCGAGAGAAAGAAAGCUCCUUGCCAUCUACCUCCACCACGACGAGAGUGUCCUCACCAACGUCUUCUGCUCCCAGAUGCUUUGUGCAGAAUCCAUUGUCUCAUACUUGAGUCAGAACUUCAUCACAUGGGCCUGGGACAUGACCAGAGAGGCCAACAGAGCGAGGUUUCUCACCUUCUGUACCCGGCAUUUUGGCAGUGUGGUGACACAGACCGUUCGAUCACAGAAGACUGACCAGUUUCCACUUUUUCUCAUUAUAAUGGGGAAGAGAUCAUCUAAUGAAGUGCUAAAUGUUAUUCAAGGAAACACAUCCGUAGAUGAACUAAUGAUGAGACUCAUCUCAGCAAUGGAAAUCUUCUCAGCCCAGCAGCAGGAAGACAUCAAGGAUGAGGAUGAGCGUGAGGCUAGAGAGAACGUUAAACGGGAGCAAGAUGAGGCCUACCGUCUGUCUUUAGAAGCCGAUCGUGCAAAGAGGGAAGCCCAGGAAAGGGAAAUGGCGGAACAGUACAGACUGGAACAGAUCAAAAAGGAACAGGAAGAGGAAAGAGAGGCUAUCAGGCUUUCCUUGGAACAGUCUCUUCCACCAGAACCAGAAGAGGAGGAGAGCGAGCCACUAAGCAAGCUGCGCAUCCGAACACCUAGCGGGCAGUUCAUAGAGAGGCGUUUCCUGAUCUCCAGCCCCUUACAGGUGGUCUUCAACUUUGUAGCAUCGAAAGGAUUCCCAUGCCAGGAGUUCAAACUGCUCAGCACCUUUCCACGAAGAGAUAUCACCCAAUUGGAUCCCAGCAGAUCUCUCAUGGAUCUAAAGCUGUUCCCUCAGGAAACACUUUUCCUGGAAGCCAAGGAAUAAGUGUCCAUAAAGCGGACUAUGAAAGCAGCAGAUGUUCUGCUUUAAAAAUACUCUGUCACCUCCCCGCUCUUAGAGUGUACCCACGCCACCUGGAAGAGAGAACCUCUAACAGAUCCCACACUGGAGGGUUUCAGUCUGUGCAGGAGAUCAUCCUAAUACACUCAUAAAAUACUACACAUUACCAGUCACCCAGCUUCUGAUCAAAUGAGUGCACUAUUCUGACACCAAGGGGGAUACAUGGAAAAUCCUGAUUGCAGAGAGGGGAAUGUGUCACGCGUUUCGAUGCUGAUUAUCUGUAUACUCUUGCUACUUUUCCCAAACCCUGAAAGCAGACUGUGCAUGUUUGAUGCUUUCCCUUUAGAUAAUUUGUCCGCGGUGGGUAUGUUUAUAUGGCUAACUGGUAGGCCUAGAUUGAAGUAAGGCAACAGAACUUCUAUUGGGGGGAGAUCUCAUUUGUUUAGUGCCAUCUAUCUACAUCUAUUAUAUUCCAAAGCUUGAGCACACAUGGCCUUGCUUUCUUGGUGGAUGCUUGGCUACAAAUUGUAUUUUGAGUCGUAGUUAUGCUACUUUAACAGAUCACCCUUGGUUCUAAUUCCAGCUGGUUUCAUUUAGGUAGAUAUGGAUCACAUUUGGACAUAAUACAUAAGCUGCGCGUCACAUUUGCACAGUCACGCUCAUUGCUAAUGUCCUAGAGGGAAAAAAAAAUGUUUUUGCAAAGUUUUCUCAUCACCCGAACUAUGUAAAAUGUACGAAGGGAUAAAGUAAGGAAAAUUACUCCCCAAACACUGAUGUACUGUAAUCUAUAAGAGUGCAACAAAUAAACAUCAAGAAUGAUGUAAAACGCGUCAUCGGCCAGAUCCCUAUUACUGGUUAAUGCUUUUAGUCUGAUAAAGAUGACCCUGUUUAUGAUUUUACAGGGCAACCAAAUCUCCGUACAUGACCUGCCCAUAUGAUGAUGCAUAACUUGGCUGGGAAUGAUACAGGAGUUGCAAAUAUUCAGCAUCAUUCUGUUGCAUAUUUUCCCCACUCCAAAUCUCUGAAUCCCCAAACACAGAACGUGGCUUCAUCUGGCAUUUUAUUCCUUUUAAUCUGCAUUAUUUGGCAAAUCCUGGACAUACCUUUCAUCAUUAAAAUCUGGAAAUGAUAUCUAAUGACAUACACUGUUAAACGUAAGGCCCAGUAAGAGAACAAGGGGUGAGCAGAAUUCUCUACCGAGAUUUUACAGUAUUACGAAGGACAUUUUCAUUGCCAGAUAAUUUGAUAAAAUGUGAGGGGUUAUUUGAAGAAUAUAUUUUGGUCAAUAUGUCAGUUAUUUAUUUCUGAUUUAGGCUUUUGGAUUUUUUUAUGGUUUGUUUGGGGUUUUUUUAGGCUGGGGAGGUGGGGGGUGCAUUUCUUUGCAGUGCGUGCCUCUUAAGUAUAUGCAUGAUGUGAAUAUUUAACUCAAUAAAUAACAGACCUACACAAUA